AUGGCAGCAGUGUUCUGGAGCUGCUGGAAGCUGUGCCACUGGGGGGGGGGGGGGGCUCCCUCCAUCCCCAGGGAGCAGAGAAUGGCAGCAAAGGGCUUUACAGGUGCCCCCUUCGGCACUCAGACAGUCAGAUUUGAUGUGUCCGCAGUUUAUCCAAAGUGUAAGAAACCUGGUACAUACACACAGGCGCCCUACUGCAAAAAGGUCUCUUCGGAGUUGGGCAGAAAGUUGGGCCCAGGCACCUACAAUAUUGACCAUGGAAGCUUUAGCUCCUCUGUGCUGCAGGAGAAGGCUUCAAAUUCUGGCUGGGCCAAAGCACAGGAAGCGGCACGACUUACCCAGAUGCCCCAUUUUAAUUUUAAGGAGACAUUGAAGAAGAGCAAGUUUCUGAAAGAAAAACUGGGCCCAGGAACUUACAACAUCAAAGAUUUUCUGCAAGAGACCCGACCGUCAAGUAUUAGAGGUAUUUGUGACACUGGAGAAGAGAGGUUUAGAGACUUCAUUAGGGAUUGCCACCCUGGCCCUGGGACUUAUGGCAAGAAUGGAAACCCUUAUGCCCUGAUUGACGAGAAGGAGAGACGCUCGACAAACUCUCAAGGGAUAAUGGACAGCAAAACCGAAAAGUCUGUCUUACCUACUGCUGCGGGAAGUGGUUUGGGGCCAGGCACCUACAAUCUCAAAAACAGUACAGACGAGGUGUUGAAACGUGUGGUCAGUAAUCGCGGCCCAUAUGACACCUUCACAGGAGACAGGUCAAAGCCUAUUAUCUGCGGACAUUACGCUGUGGAAAAGAAAUGCAUCGAGCUCAGCCCCAGCAAUGUCAAGAGCUUUGUGGAGGAGCUGGACACCAAGGACAGAAAGAAAAAUGGUGUUUUCAGCACCCUCGCUCGGAACCCUGGCUGCCCCACGGAGCGGAUCUUCUGGGCCACACUCAGCCAGUGUCCACGUGCCACGUAUGCUGUAGGGCCAGGCUCACAUGAUCCAAAACCCGUGGCGCGAUCAGAAUACUUCAAUCAACCUCCAUUUUGGUCAUCUGCAAAAAGAGUUGACAGGAAAGCAUACCGCCUCUUUAUUGGAAACACGAACCCAGUUGGUGUUGGUCGCUAUGACAUCACAAAACAAGAAAAGUGCAAGUGGAAUACUAGAUACCGGUCACUUUACCAGUGUGAAACACACCGUUAUCUGAGUAACCUGGAGCGGGAUGUAUACUUACUACAGCGGAUCAACCCUGUUAAUAGAGGGCACUGGAACAAUUUGGUUUCUGCUGCAAGUGAUCCAGAUACCUCUGCACAAGCUAUUACUGCUACUUAAAACUAAGUGCAUGCUGUAAAGCAAAAGACACUGUUAAAUAAAGAUUGGUUAUAAGAAGGAAAA